AUGAGUAGCAAGCUUUGGGAAUUUUUCCUGCGCGAUGACGUUGAGAGCUUCCGGCGGGUCCUGGUCAACGCCAGUUAUACAUCUGGCGGCCAGCGAGGUCCCGGAGGAUCGGGGGGAAGUCCCAGUUUGAAAAAGCUGAAUGGGACUUCCCCUGGUUCACCUCUCCCGGAUCGUGGUGGUACUCCGCGGUCCGCUGCCACGCUGUCUCGGGUGGAAUUGAACACUCGGGACCAGGAUGGGAGGACACUCCUUCAUCUUGCGGCUUCGUCUUCUAAGCCUACCGCCGUUGAUUUCGCUAUCGCUUUGCUCGAGACCCCGUUUCUGGAUAUAUAUGCACAGGAUUGGGAGAGUGGGUGGACGGCUCUGCAUCGUGCGUUGUAUGCGGGGAAUGCCACGAUUGCCCAGGCGUUGAUGACUCGAGACGCGCGCGAUGCUACGGAUUUCAGUAUAUUGGGGACUACAAAUCACCCGAGUGGAGGUUUGAUCAAGAUUAAGGACCGUGAGGGAUAUAGUCCAUUUGAUGUCUACAUGGCUACCAUUAUGUCCCGGGACAUCAAGCGGAUUUCUUCAACGACUGGCCUGGAUCCUACUGCCGAGAAUGAGGAUAGCGAUGCUGCGUCCAGCGCGCCAUCCUACGGAGAAGAUGGCGAAGAAAUGUAUAUGAGCAGAGGCGCCUUGAAACCACGUAUCAAUCUGUGCGGUGAUGAGGUCUUCACGUUUGGCAGCAACAAAAACCUGAACCUUGGUCUUGGGGACCAGGAUGAUCGCCAAUUCCCGGAACGGGUCACUCUCAAACGUCCAGAACAUCUUCUGAAGCGAUUCUUCCGUGAAUUUCAAGAGCAACAGAUGGAAGAAAGCGGGCUUGACCAUGACGAGCUCAAUCAUUCGGCCGAUCUGCCAGUGCUCAUCAAAAACAAGCCGAUCAAGUUCCAAAACGUCGUCAUGUCAAAGCUUCACACGGCCAUCCUCACCGAUGACCCGGAGUCCAACCUCUUCUUGUGUGGCUUUGGCCCAGGCGGUCGUUUAGGUACUGAUGAUGAAUCUACACGCUUUGCCUUUACCUGUAUCGAAACUGGAGGGCUUGCUAACAAAAAGGUCAUCUCCGUUGCUCUUGGCCAAGAUCAUACUCUGGCCAUUACCGAGCAGGGGGAGAUCUUCAGUUGGGGCAGUAAUAAAUUUGGUCAACUAGGCUACGGUCUCCCAAGAUCAAGUAGCCGUGAUGAUGUUCCGAUUCAGACAACUCCACGGCAGAUCUUCAACCCGUUCAAGAAAGAAGCCAUCCUUGGAGCAGCGGCUUCUACUAUCCACUCCGUAGUGUUUAGCAGUUCUGGCCUCUAUACCUUUGGCAAGAACGAAGGCCAGCUCGGUCUAGUCGACUCGGAUGCUCGCUCGCUCGAGGUGCAAACCACUCCUCGGCGUGUUGGGGCCUCGCUUUUCAGCAGCCCCAUACAAAUGGUGUCCGCUAUCGAUCAGGCUACCGCCAUCCUUCUCCAAAACCAUGAAGUUUGGAUAUUUUCCCAAUACGGUUAUUCGAAGCUUUCAUUCCCAUUGGAUGUCAGUUCAAGAUUCAUCAAAGACAGCUUCAUGGCAACGAGAUAUGAUACUGCGGUCAAUCGCAUUACGAAGAUCACAUCGGGUGGUAACACUAUCUGUGCCUUGUCCAGCUUUGGGGAAGUCUUCACGGUUCAAUCCAACAAGACAGAAACCCCCUCGACCUUGACGUCUACGACGAAUCCAGCCAAAACACGUAAUUCGCUGUCUGCGCCGGUUCGAGCCUGGUCCGUUAAAAAAGCUCACAUGGCAGUCAGAGAUGUCGAUGUCGGACAAGACGGGUCAAUCAUCAUCUGUACAGCUUCAGGUUCCGCAUGGACCAAAGAAAAGCGUGGAAAGACCAAGCAAGGGGCAGCCAAAGAUUACAAGUUCGCCCGUAUACCUGGUCUUUCGCGAGUCGUGGGCGUGCGCAGUAACGCCUUUGGUGCUUAUGCCGUUGCUCAACGUGACUGCAAUGUGACCAGGGAGCAGGUCAACAUUGACCCAAGUGAACUAUGGGACGAUCUCCUCCCGCUAUCACCAUUUGAUUCGUUAAGAAAUGCCGUUGACAUGGCAAACGCGGGAAAAGAUGCCAUUAAUCUUGGACCCGUGGUCAAUAUCAAACUAGCCGUGAUGACGGCUUCAGACAUCGAGUCUCAUUUCAAGUCUUCGCGCGCCGAUAUGCCUAAUGGGACCAUCUGGAUCACGACCACCGCUUCUGACGCACGGAUUCCUGUCCACGAAUUCAUCCUAACUGGACGCAGUCCGGUCUUGAGAAAUGCACUUCAGGAUUUCUGGCGAGCAUACUACUUCUCCAUGCCAGAUAUCUUCUCUAUUGAGUAUGAUCACGAUGGCGAGAUCCAGAUAAAAUUUGAAGGCGUUGAUUUCCUGACUAUUCUGAAUAUUGCGUUCUUCCUAUACACGGACAGCAUUCUCGAUGUUUGGCACCAAACUAGGGCUUCACCUAAAAAUGCUUCGAGGUACCGUCAGGUGCGCACCGAUGUGAUGCGGGUCGCUACACAUCUGGGUCUGCUGGCCUUGGAACGAGGUGCUCGGCUCAUGGUUGAGCCUGCCAGAAAUCUGAAGACUGAUCUGAGUCGUGCCAUCAGUGAUCCUUCUUUCUUUGAGAGCGGGGAUGUCAUUGUCCAGCUGAACGGCGGUACUCAAAAAGUGCACAGCCAAGUUGUCUGUCAAAGGUGUCCAUUCUUCGAUGCGCUGUUCAAUGGCCGUUCAGGUGGCAGAUGGUUAGCGUUGCGUCGUACAAACCCAACCGACAUUGUUCAUGUUGAUCUCAAGCAUAUUGAUCGACAUAUCUUCGAUUUUGUUCUUCGGUACUUGUACGCCGACACGGAGGAGCAACUUUUCGAUGAAGUUCGGUUGAAAGAUCUAGAUGAUUUCAUUGAUCUCGUGCUUGACGUUGCCUUUGUGGCGAACGAGUUGAUGAUUGACAGGCUGGCUCAGAUAUGUCAGAAGAUGCUCGGGAGGUUUGUAAAUACGCGCAAUGUGUGCCAUCUUCUCAACUCUAUCUCGCCGUGCUCUGUGAAAGAGUUUAAGGAUGCUGCGCUGGAGUAUAUCUGUCUCAACUUGGAGGAUCUGGUCGCGAAUAGGUAUUUGGAAGACCUUGAUGAAGACUUGCUUUCUGAGCUUGAUGGUAUUUGCCAUGAAAAUCAAAUGGCCUGCUUCCCUGUCUCUCGAGGACGUAACUCGGACGAUUACAUCUUCGACAAGUAUCCAGAGCUUGUCUCUGUAAUAGAGAGUGAUAGGCGAAGGAGAAUCGAUUCGAUGAGACUUCGAUCUCGUUUGAACAAGGUCGAGGCUCAAGAAGGAAAACUUCGGCCGACGCCUUCUGAAAAGGCACCAGUGUCACCAUCAGUACGCAAGGCAAAGUCAGCCGCAACGAAAGAAAUGCCGAGUAUGGCUGGUAGCCCGGUACUGAAGCCAAGACAGUCAACGAGCGACUUGAUGUUCCAGAUGGACGAAGAAACCUUGCCAUCUCCAGGAGACUCAAUGAAAGGAAAGGCUGCUGUUAGAGGAAUGAAGUCGAUGGAAAUGAACGCAGACUUUCCGGCUCUUGGGUCCAGUAUAACCGAAGGCGAAUCAUUUGGUGGGCGAAGCUAUCUAGAUGAACAAAUGGCAUCUCCUCAAGAUACCAUUCUAGCCGAGUCGCCGUCGGAAUCGCGGGCUACGGCGCUGCACAAAAAGAGAGGCUCGCCUUAUCUUCCAGGCGAUGUCCCAUGGAGCUCGCAAACGAUGUCAACCUCCAAGAAAGAUCUGAAAGAUAUCAUGGCCGAGGCUUCAGAAAAUCAGACGUCGAAUCUAUCCCUCGAGAUGUCUGGACGCCGAGAAAGCAGCAACAAUGCCACUCCGAAGCUGUCACAAAAAGAACGAAAGAAGAUACAGCAGCAGCAAAUGCAAGAAAUGCUCGCUGCGAAGCAAAAGGCCAAGGAGGCACCCCAGAAUCCAUGGAAGACGCCUACUCCAAACAAAACACCGGUUAAACCCGAACUUAUAGAAAGCCAAUUCCCCGAACCGUCAAGAUCAGCUCAGAAGCCUUCCAUGACACUCCGUCAGACAGUCGCUGGUACACCACCACCCAAAACCAGACCAGCACCAGCACCAGCAGCUCCUGUUCAGACACAGACCCAGGCCCAGGGCCAGAAUCGCAGUGCCUCAGCCAACAUGCCACUUCCUUUCCGCCCUUCAACCUCAGGCCCUUCAGCAGGAGUCUCUUCAACAUCUCCUAAUUCCUUACCGCCUGCACCACCCGCAAUCCAAUCCGUGCGCCAUAUCCCGCGCCCCGAGCCCUACCAAACUAGCUUCCACUCCGACUCACCCAGCUCACUCUCCCUGGCUACCAUCCUCCUGCAACAACAGACAGAAAAAGACGAAAUCCGCGAAGCCGCAACAGCCAAACAUAACCUCGAAGACAUCCAAGCAGAGCAAGAAUUCCAAGUAUGGUGGGAGAAAGAAAGUCGCCGUAUCCAAGGCCUCCCUGAGCUGGACACACCCGCUCCAUCCUCUUCACCCCGCCAAGAAGGAAGAGAAGGAAGAGGUUCUCGCGGUGGCGGACGCGGUAAAGGACCACCAACACCAGGAGGUCCGCGCAAGAAACGUGGCAAAGACGCAGGAAAUGGGAAUAGUGGCAAUAAGAACGCCUCGGGUGCUUCGUCGUUAACGCAGCAGCUGUCUCAGCAGAACCAUACCAACAAUAACAAUAAGAAUAACAACACACAAAAGAACUCGAAUCCCAGCAACAAUAACAACAACAACCGCCGAGAUAACCACCCUCGAGCACAUGGCGGAAACCAUCACCCGGACGCUACGAAUAACCAUACCCGACGCGGUGGUGGCCGAGGUGGCAGCAGCAACACCCGUGGAAGAGGGAAAGGAGCGCCACAAGAAACACGAACCUGA